CAGCCGCUUGGCUUAGCAGUCAGCCCGCUGUGCUUUCGGUUGGUGUUUUGUGAAACAUGCGAGUUUUAAAGGUUUUGCGCCGACGGUGACCUUCAAUUUGCGGAAAUGGAGUGAGAACAGAGCCCCAAUUUCAAUGUUACAACGAACAAGUUCUAUAGGCGUCUAAGUUCUGAUCAGCUUCUGUUGUCGAGUUUGCGGGAUUCACGCACGAUAACACCAGUCACCAUGGACUACUUGAUGCCAUCUGAAAUCGCCCGCUUGGUUCUUGGUUACCUGAAAUCUACAGGGUGUCACGCCACUUGGGAGACUUUUUUGAGAGAAAGCCCUGACCUAAAGGAAUACGCGGAAUAUGUGCGGAGGGGCAGGGAGUACCCGACCAGCAUCGGUGGCAAGAACCUUAUGCAACUUCUUGAUGCUGGCUUUCAAAUUACACAAACCCAUGGUGCAAGUGCUUCCUCAGUGGAGCUUGUGCCAAAUCUUCAAAAUUUAUCAGCUCAAUUGAAUGAUGUUUUAGCAUGUUUGCAGUCUACACAAGCAGAAAACAAUCGAAAUAGCUCUGGCAUCCUCCUUCUGCCUCUUCCACAGGCAGCUGCUGCUUCACCUACAAAUGGAAACGAAGCUCAUUCAAGCAAUAGUGGAGCCACAUUGUCACAACAGCCAUACCGUACGGACCAGCAGUCAGUCCAGCCGUUAGGGUUGACUACAUCAAGCGGAUAUCCGCCGCUGCAUCGCUCAUCCUCACCUCAACAGGAACGGCUGCAUCCACAUCCCAGCGGAAACACGAUGAGCUACCAUGUUCACACGCACAUCCCGCCUUUGCCUCUGUUACCGCCAUCUAUUGCCAGCGUGCUGAAACACAAGUCGCCAACGAAGCAACUUACCGAUAGCCUUGCAAGAUUCGAGCCUCCCGAGAAGGACCUGGGGAUGGCAUCUCUUAGUUGUCAUCGUUCUAAUGCUGUCAAGUCCACAGCAUUAGGGUGUUGCUACCCUCAGCCACCGGAACACAUCGCCACUUCGCAGCUCGCAGCAUAUGAUGACCGUUUUCUUGCUUACAUGAACCAUUUUCCAAGACCGCUGUAUCCUAGGCACCCCUACAUAAGUGAUGAGGAGCCUGUGAGGGACACUGGCAUCGACCUUCGAAAACGGCCACGAGAAGUGAGCGAGAGCCAUCUAGUGGAUACAAGGCAGUUAAGUCCCUCUGCUAACACAACUCCCAGUGCAGCAGAGAGGGAGGACAGCCGGAGGCACAAACCUGGCUCAGAUUCUUCAUGUUAUGCAGCUGACAAAGACAAUGGCCAUCACGAGGAUCAAUGUGACGCCCCACCAGCAGACGAGCCCAUGCUCAGUGCCGAACCUGCGAGUGAAGGUUUUGAAGUUUCGGAUGCUGCAGUAGAAACCCAGACGGAAGUCAGUGAGGAAAUCGAUGUCGACGGAAGUUCGCGAGGGCCUUCUCCGGCAUAUGAAGAACCAAAUACAGCUGCAGCAGGAUCGGCCUGUGCUGCGUCAACAGCCUGUGCAGUUGCAGCUUCAUCUGCACUUGCUUCAACAUCGACAUCUGCUGCAUCAUCUCCAAAGCUGGCAGCAACAACUUCAAUGCAGCAGACACCGGAUCAUCCACCGGCACGCCAAAGCCCGACCGCUUUUGAGACGCCGGAAAAUACUGGAGUGCCUCCGCUGCCAACCCGCUUUCCAGACCCAGAUUCGCCACGUGCCAUCUUGGCUCAGGAGAGAUCGCUGCAACCCUCGCUGACAACACCUGUGAAAGUGAUUCGUUUUGACCCUGAGCGCUUCUACUCGCCUCGACGGAAAAGCCUCAUACCAAGGCGGCGACUUUUGGUUGGUGCAUCUCCAUCUUGCAAGCACACCACAGACUCUGGGAAUGCUACCUCUUUGUCCGAAGAGUCUAGAGAAUUUUCGGCCCUGCUUGAUGAGUUGGUGCACAACUUCCCAUUCGUAACAAAGUUGGCAGAGAACAUAAACCAGGCUGUAGUUGGCCCAGACGGUACCUACAGUGAAGGAACAGAUUCCCGAUUGGAGCCCAUCCCUGAAGAAGGUCCUGUUGACCCUGGAGACAUGCUGACCUCACAGGACUCGACCAUGCCGGACUCUCUAAUCAAGGACAUACUGCACAAGACAGAGAAUGACCCCGUCUUUGAAGCAGCUCUGGCACAGAUAUGUGACAAGCUUGACACAACAAACGAGGUUCACGGAGUCCUGGUCACACCCUCCAAGAGCUGUUCAAAGUCACGUCAGCGAAGAGGAAACUGCAGUCCCAGGACACCAUGCCACUCACAUCGACCUCAGUCACAGCCCACAACACCACAACUAAUGAGCUUGUUUACCUCACCGCACAAGUCGCCACUCAAGCACCUGCACAGGUCACCACACAGGUCACCACACAGGUCACCACACAGGUCGCCACAGAAAUCAUCGCAGAAGUCGCCACAGAAGUUGCCACACGUUUCACCUCAUGUGUCGCCACACGUGUCCACAGAGGUGUCCCCACAGGUGUCACCACAGGUGUCACCACAGGUGUCCCCUCAGGUGUCCCCACACGUAUCACCACAAGCAUCACCACAAGUGUCACCACACUCAUCACCACACGCGUCACCACAUGUGUUGUCACACAGGUCAACCCUGGCAACCCCACCAAGACGAUCCCCAAGACUUAAUGCUCAGAACAAGCGACGACAACAGUCUCCUCCCUCCGCAGCCACAACAGGCUCGAUGGAAAGCACAGGAAAUGUAGGAAGCACUCAGAACAAGGUGCCACUGGCCAUUCCUGCGAAGCCUAAGACAACCCCACAGAUGGCCAAGGUGGCACCAGUCAACAAGUGUACUAACAAAGCUCCAGCCAUGAGACGUCCAGCAGAACUGCCUUCUAAGCUGCCCUUGCCACCCUUGCCAACUUCCAAAUCUCCUUUCAAGGUACCCCACGAUGUGACAACCUACCGGGUGCCAGUGAGCUUGCCACUGAAUUCAUUUAUGAAGGAGUCCUCAGCAUUGCUGCCUAAAGUUGUGCUGUCGCCGCUUAAGCCCACUGUAAAAUUAGUUUCAACGGCCACUGAAAAUGGACAGACGGUGUCUUGCAUCUCCAUUCCCGACCCACCGGCGUCAUCUGACAGUCCCAGGUCCAAGCAGUGCAUGACGCUGGCGGAUGUCAUUGAUUCGGUGCUCUCACCAGAGCGUCGACAGGCCCUCUGCCAAACUGAGAGCGUUGCACCGCCACCACCGCCGCCUGCAGCUUCCAGCAACGCCCAGAGCUCAGUAGUCAUUAUGCCGGAGUGCGCCCAGGUCAUGCUGUGCACCAACAAUGGUGUCGCCUCUGACCUGCAGGCGCUUGCACCAUCUUCAGUGCUGACCAGUGGGGCAGUGUCAACCAUUUCAAACAUCAUCUACCCAAACAUGAUGGUCAGCGGAAUGUCAUCGCUCGGCUCUUUCAACAUUGUGGUGCCAACCACGGUCCCGAUUUCUUCCAACUGCCAGUUCAUAACCACACAUGGCGGCAUGACAACAGUUGUGGCACAGAACAGCAGGCCUGUAGCGAAGAAACGACUGCCCUUGCUGCAGCCUAGGGAGCCCCUGCCUUCACAGCCUUCUCCACCAGCUGCUUUCAAACAAUUGGAAAAUACCAAGCACAGCUUUGUAAUGGGCAACCGUUUAAAAAAUGCGAAGCAUGCAAAGGACUUGGCGAAGCGAGGGAUCACAAACCGAAGCAAUGAAACCGUGUCGCAGCCAUCCACAACUGCAGCAAGCUCCCUUGAUGCUUGCAGACAGCUGCCCUCAACUACCAAGCCAAAGACUCCACCACAUGUCUCACCUCGCUUGAGUGCUUCCUUAGCAACAUCAAAUGAAAAAAGUCCCCAGUUGAAGUCUCUAGUCGCUGUAGCCUCCAAGUGCAUGACAGCGCAGAAUCACGUGAGGGUGUUAGACUUUGGUGGUGCUUCUAGCGAACGUGCACAGGACACUAGUGAUGGUGCCUCUAACGAGGCUUCUAGUGAACACCUCGUCAAGACAAUUGAGUCUAUUCGGACUAGCCUGACUGGUGCCAUGAACCGAGUGUUAAGAAACAGCACGGAAAGUAGUUCCGGCCUUGGUUCGUCAAAGAAAAAGAGGAAAGGGACACCGCACAGCGUGGGGAGAACAAAAAAGGCAAGAAACGAGGAAUACUUGAAAAGCAUGGAUGUGAACAAGUUUCUGGACAAGAUACACAACAGCUGAUUGCUGCUCCUAGUUUUUAUGUCCUUUUGUAUACUGCAUACCCGCAUGUUAGCCUUGUACAGGUCAUUGUAUAUAAACCAUCCUUCAGCGUAAUGAAUCAUCUGUACAUCUAUUGCAUUGUAUAUAUUGACCAACUUCAUCAACAGGAAGUUUUUAGCAUAUAGUAUAUAUAUAUAUAAAUAAUUUUUCACAGGACACUUGCAUUACAUGUUCAUACGGGUUGUGUCCAGGUUGUCAUUUGAAAUUAAUAAAUGCAAGGUUUCACAUGUUUU